UUAUCGGUCACGAUGCACGAAUAUCUAGACGCGACGCGGCCGACCGGAAACGCCGAGUGAUCCCGGAAGUGACGUGGCGUCGAUGAGCGUGCGUUCAAAACCUGCCGUUACCUAUAUAUAUUUUCGAACGUGACCGGUGUCAGCGCCACAUGUCAACAUGGGUGCGUUCAGCCGAUACUCCGCUAGCCUAGCAAUCGUGAAGCAGUCGCUCUUUUCGCUCGUUUCUUCUCCUUUGACUCAAUGGAUUAAAAGGAGAGGAAACGAGCGACUGCUCACGAUAGUCACGAUUGCUAGACUAGCGGAGUAUCGGCUGAACGCACCCGUUAACCGGCAUUGUCCGUCUUGCGCGCGCGAGGAGAGGAGCCGCUUCCCAUUGUUUUCACGGCGAUCCGAGGUUGACAUUCGCAGAACGCAGCAGAACGUGCGCGGACCUGUUCGGACGUGUUUUGUCCGGCAGGAAAAAUUUUUACUUUGUAUAAUAAACAGUGGCAAAUACUGGCCGUAUUGUCCUCUGAAAAGAGGCAGGAGCCAACGAAAUAGAAGAAGAAGAAGAAGAUCCGAGGUUGACGGGCGUUUCGGCGAGAUGAACGACGAUCUGCCAUAUCUGGUGGAGUACGCGAAGAGCGGCCGGUCCAAGUGUCGCUUAUGCAAAAAGUUCAUCUGCAAGGCUAGCCUGAGGCUUGCCGAGAUCGUUCAGAGCCCCGUUCAUGACGGGAAGAUACUUAACUGGUAUCACACCAACUGCUUCUUCUCAAAACAAAGACCAAAGUCUACCAGUGACAUAGCUUGUUUCGAUGAGAUUCGUAACGAAGACCAAGAUAUUAUUCGGCAGAACCUCGCAAAGGGGAGGAAAAGGACAAAAGGUGCUGGCGGUUCUGGAGACUUGGCCGACAUACCACCGCCCCCUAAAAAGAUUAAGGACGAACCAGAAGACGCAGAGGAGGAAAACUUGAUGAAAAAGCAAAAUGAAAAAUUAUACGCUAUAAAGGAUCAAAUAUCAACACUUGAUAAAAAAGACAUGAUUGCGAUAUUGGAACUAAAUAAUCAGGAGAUUCCAACUGGGCCAUCAAACAUACUAAGUCUUUUAUCUGAUAUACUGUAUUUUGGAGCUCUACAACCCUGUUUAAAAUGUGGAGGACAAUUUAUAUACAACUCUGGUUUGGGUUAUAAAUGCACUGGUAAUGCAACAGAAUGGACUAAAUGCGAAUAUGUUACGCAAGAUCCGAAUAGAAAAAAUUGCGAAAUACCAAGUGAUUUGAAGGAUGAUUUCCCAGUUAGGUCAUACAAGUCUAAGGUACAAAAACGAGUGUUUAAACUAACAGUGCCGUCAUCGUCGAGUUCUAUUAAGAAGGAGGGAGAUGAAACAGAUGGUCCGAAAGUACAAGAAAAACCACGUCCUUUGAAGAACAUGCAGUUUGUUAUAAUAGGUCGUACACAGAAAGAUAAAGAAGAAUUGGAAAAAGAAAUUCAAUUAUUAGGUGGUACUGUUGUAACAAAAGUCCAUCCAGAAUUAGCUGCUGUAAUUUCGAACGAAAAUGAAGUGAAAAAGAUGACUAAAAGAAUGGAGGAUGUUAAAUCGCACGACAUUCAAGUAAUAACGGAAGAUUUUAUAGAAGAAGCGAAAGAGUACACAGAUGCUCCCAUCAUGCUCCUAAAAAAGAAAACCAUUUCUAGCUGGGGUGGCGACAUUGCUGCUAGACUUGGUAACGUCAUCGCAAAAUCUACUGCCUUCAAGAGUAAGAACAGGUUUGAGAAGUCGAGUUCUGGUAAAGUGAAGGUGAAGGUAAAAGGCGGUGGAGUUGUUGACCCCCAUAGCGGUUUAGAAAAUUAUGCGCACGUUUAUCAAAGGGGCAAAGACAAAUACACCGUGACGUUGGGUCAAACGGACAUCCAGUCGAAUAAAAACAGUUACUACAAGUUGCAAAUUCUGAAACACGACAAUCAAGAGAUUUAUCACUUGUUUAGAAGUUGGGGCCGGAUCGGCACCACAAUUGGCGGUAAAAAGUUGAAGGGAAUGUCUUUGGAAAAGUGUAUAGAACAGUUUGAAAAGUUAUACGAGGAAAAGACGGGCAAUCAGUGGAAAAAUAGAGAUAAUUUUGUUAAGAUGCCGAAAUUUAAGUAUCCAAUUGACAUAGAUCAUGGAGAUCUAGAUUCGGACAUUGAGAGCAAUUUGCCCAAACCGCUUCAAGAUCUAAUGCGGCUUAUUUUCGACGUAGCCGAGAUGAAGAAAGUUCUCCUGGAGUUCGAGAUAGACAUGGACAAGAUGCCGCUCGGGAAAUUGUCCGAGAAACAAAUUGAGAAAGCUUAUGCCGUUCUAAUGGAAUUGCAAGAGAUACUGAAGAAGGCUAAUAUAGACCGCACUGUAUUGAUCGAUGCUUCCAACAGAUUCUACACACUCAUACCGCACAACUUUGGGACUUCCGGACCGAAAAUUCUCGAAACGUCGGAAGACAUUCAGAAAAAAUGCGACAUGCUGCUCUACAUGGAGCGCAUGGAUGCGCUGCUCGAGAUUAAGAAAUCGUACGAACUUUCGUAUGACAAGACCGAUGAGAAGGAGAAUCCGCUCGACGGUUAUUACAAGCGGUUGAAGACGGACAUCGACGUGUUGGACAAGACCAGCGAAGAGUUCAAGAUGAUCGAGAAAUACGUCCAGAAUACUCACGCGGCUACUCAUACGCAGUACGCUCUCGAGAUCGAGGAUGUGUUCGUCGUCAAGAGACAGGGCGAAGAACAAAGAUUCAAGCCCUUCGAGAAAUUGCCCAACAGAAAGCUGCUCUGGCACGGAUCCAGAACUACGAAUUACGCGGGAAUACUGUCCCAGGGUUUGCGUAUCGCGCCGCCGGAAGCGCCCGUUACCGGUUACAUGUUCGGCAAGGGUAUAUAUUUCACCGAUAUGGUGUCGAAGUCCGCGAAUUACUGCUGUACCAACAGCAACAGUCCAACCGGUUUGUUGCUGCUUUGCGAGGUCGCCCUGGGUAAUAUGUACGAGAGGUAUCACGCGGACUACAUCGAGAAGCUACCGAAAGAGAAGCACUCGACGCUCGGUCGUGGUCAGACGCAACCCGAUCCGCAAACUGUCUACAAAACCGAGGAUGACGUUGAAGUGCCCUAUGGAAAGGGAGUACCUGCCAAUAUUAACAAAAAUUCGGCAUUGUUAUACAAUGAAUACGUUGUAUAUGAUGUUGGUCAGAUAAAAAUAAGAUACAUGUUAAGGAUGAAUUUCAAAUUCAAAUAUUAAGAUACGUAACACGAAGGUGUGACGUUCAGGUUUAAGGUACAGUUAAGAUUUUUAAUUUUGUAAGAUUAUACAAAUUUCAUUUAUACUAUUAUUAAUUAAAGAUGUUACUAUAUAAAUUCCAGUGAAGAUUUCGCUAUUGUUACAAAUAUUAAACUUCAUGGAGCUGUUUUACUUUCAAUGAUAAUCUUUUGAAUUAUACGUGUUUUGUUGUGUAUGCAAUUUUACAUUGACCUGGAGAUAACCACGUUAUUAUCUUGCAUGAAUGAUCACCUGGAAUGUUUUUUACCUCAAUUAGAAGUCACUGUUAAUAAUUAUUGAACAUUGUUAAUUGCUCUAUUUAUUAGUACUAAAUCAUUUAUGUAUAUGUAUAGAUCUAUUCGAUUUUAUUUAAAAAAAUAUAUAAGGAAUUUUCGAUCAAUAAAGGAAUCUGCAGUGACUGAGCUCAUUUUCUCGUUGCUAGGAGUUGUAAAAAUCAUCUCAAAAUUAAACGUAUAUUUCCUUAUAUCA